UUUGGUAACGGAAACAGUAGAGGAGGAGACUUUAAAUAUGGACACGUCAGGUUCUGGACCCGGGGAGCCUUCUACGUUAGAAGCUCCAGGGUCUCCGGAAGAUCGAUUGUUUCUGAUUAAAGGUGGAAUUUUCCUUGGUUCUGCAGCCGCAGCGGGAAUGCUAGCUGGAUUUGUUACAACAUUAUCAUUAGCUAAAAAGAAAAGUCCUGAAUGGUUCAAUAAGGGCACUAUGGCCACGGCUGCCUUACCAGAGAGUGGGUCUUCCCUUGCCCUGCGAGCCCUGGGCUGGGGUUCUCUUUAUGCCUGGUGUGGAGUUGGUGUGAUCAGCUUUGCAGUGUGGAAAGCCUUAGGAGUUCACAGCAUGAAGGAUUUUCGAAAUAAGAUGCAAUCCAUAUUUCCACCAAUUCCCAAGAACCCUGAACCAGCCAGCGAGUGGGAGGAAGUGUUGAAGUGGAAGUGACACGGGCACGGGCCACUCCAGAGCAACGGCUGCACGAAUGGCAGCUUUGGAAAUGCCAAUCUGAGAAAGGGCUGGGGGGCUCCUCUCUAGGAACAUGUGCCGAUGGCGGGCAACCCCACAAGCCGCAGCAUCUCUGUGUCUGUAGCUGUGGCACACAGAGGAAAUGCUUUCCGAAAGCCAAGACAACAAUUUAAUUACCUAGAGGUUCCUCGAGGAAGGGUCCAGGAGGAAGUGUUUCUGUUUAGAACAAUGAACCAUGUUUUAUAGUCACAAACAAAAAGUAAGAUAGGAAUCUCUGUAAGGGCUGGAGACAUCUCCGUGGCUAAGGGUGCACACUGCUCUGGAAGAGGACUCCAGUUCGUUUCCCAGCCCCCCUUUUCGGUGCCUCAGAACCACCUGUGCCUGUGACUCCAGGGGACCUGAAGUCUUGUCGGGAUUCUGUGCGCACCUGCCCUCACAUGUGUCUACAGCCACAAAAGUAUACACAAUUAAAAACUAAAAGUCUUGUUUUGAAAACUCA